GCAACUCUGAGUUAGUGGCUUCGCGAACGUUCUUGGCACCUCUUACUUAGAUUAAUCGGGGAAUUUAUUUAUUUGUUUAUUUAUUUUUACUUCAGCUAAUCAGAUUUUGGAGCAGUGUCCUAAUCCAGCGUAUCAGGAGAGUAGAAGAUGCAGCUACUGAGGACUCUCCUCCUCGUCCUAGCCGUGCUCUGCACUCCGGUCUCCAGCCUGUGUUUGCGCGCGUACGACACCGACUCGGGCUUCCUGUGCGACGGCGAGCUUCUUUCCAGCGCGGACGCGGACGCGGAACGAGUCGUUGAGGCGCCGUACGACGGCGACGAGUCGUCCGAGGAGUCGCGAUUGCGGAGGACUUUACCCGGCUCCAGCUACAAGUUUCUGAGCCACACCUUGCUCAGGAGCAAGAUGUACGGUAACGGAGCAAGGAGUGACCGGCGCAGCAGGGUGACUCUAUCCCUGGACGUGCCCACCAACCUGAUGAACGCGCUCUUCGACAUCGCCAGAGCCAAGAACCUGCGCGCCAAAGCUGCGCACAACGCGCGUCUCAUGGCGCAGAUCGGCAAGAGGAGGUGA